AUACAUUUACCCUCUCUCUCUCUGUAUAUUUCAUUUCUUGCUUCAUCUUUCUCUCUUGUUCUUUCUCCUCAAAGAUUUUCAAGAAAGCUUGAAGGAAUGGCCAAGACUACUAAUGGAUUUAUGGGACAUGAUAUGUUGGCACCUUUUACUGCGGCAUGGAUGAUUGAUAUGGGACCUUUAGUUAUAGAUAGAGCGGAGGGUUCUUAUGUCUAUGACGUAAAUGGAAAGAAGUACCUUGAUUCUUUAUCUGGUUUAUGGUGCACAGUGUUAGGGGGAAGUGAGCCUCGUCUUAUUGAAGCUGCAAAUAAACAACUCAAUAAAUUGGCAUUUUACCAUUCAUUUUGGAAUCGUUCCACAAAACCUUCUUUGGAUCUUGCAAAGGAGCUCAUAAAUAUGUUUACUGCAAAUAAGAUGGGAAAAGUUUUUUUCACAAAUAGUGGAUCAGAAGCUAAUGACACUCAGGUGAAGUUGGUGUGGUAUUACAACAAUGCCAUUGGGAGGCCAAACAAAAAGAAAAUUAUUUCUCGAAAAAAUGCAUACCAUGGUUCAACUUAUAUGACUGCCGGUCUCUCUGGGCUUCCUUCACUACAUCUAAAAUUUGAUUUGCCACCUCCAUAUAUUCUUCACACUGAUUGCCCUCAUUAUUGGAACAAUCACUUGCCAGAUGAGACAGAAGAGGAGUACUCAACUAGGUUGGCAAAUAAUUUGGAAAAUCUUAUACUCAAAGAGGGUCCUGAAACAGUUGCUGCUUUCAUUGCGGAACCAGUCAUGGGAGGAGCAGGUGUCAUAAUUCCUCCGGCAACCUAUUUUGAGAAGAUUCAAGCUGUUUUAAAGAAAUAUGACAUUCUUUUCAUCGCGGAUGAGGUGAUAUGUGGAUUUGGAAGACUUGGGACAAUGUUUGGCUGUGAUAAGUACAACAUUAAACCUGAUCUUGUCUCUAUAGCAAAGGCUCUUUCUGGUGGAUAUAUACCAAUUGGUGCUGUGCUUGUAAGCGAAGAAAUUUCCAAGGUCAUAAGUGCUCAAAGCAAUCAACUUGGUGUUUUUUGCCAUGGAUUUACUUAUUCUGGACACCCUGUUGCGUGUGCCGUUGCAUUGGAAGCACUAAAGAUUUAUAAGGAAAAAAAUAUUACUGAGGUAGUGAACAAAUUAUCACCAAAGUUUCAAGAAGGUUUGAAAGCAUUUAUCGACAGCCCCAUAAUUGGGGAGAUAAGGGGAACUGGUUUGGUACUUUCUACUGAGUUUGUUGAUAACAAAUCUGCUAAUGAUCCUUUUCCACUGGAAUGGGGUGUUGGUACAUAUUUUGGAUCACAAUGUGAGAAGCAUGGGAUGUUGGUAAGUUUUUCUGGUGAUCACGUAAAUAUGGCUCCUCCAUUCACCUUGAGUCUUGAAGAACUUGAUGAGAUGAUAAGCAUAUAUGGGAAAGCAUUGAAGGAUACUGAAAAAAGAGUGGAAGAACUCAAGUCUCAGAAAAAGUAAAAAGCUCAUGACAAAAACUUGAUGUUCCCAAAAAAAGAAAA